ACGAACUGAAACAUGUACCAUAACGCACGAAUUAUGAUAAAAAAGAAACUGUCUUUCGAAUAAAAGCAAUCCGUUUGCCAGGUGCGCUUAAGGAUGUACAGGACGUCGACGGAGCAAGUGUACGAAAUACAGCCGCUGGAGGGUAACAGUUCCGCUCAACGUUACAUUCAACAGCCGAAACAAUGAUUCUCUGAAAUGCCUACUCCGUCGGUUUCGCCGACGUCUUCUCUCCGAAAGCGCGUCUCGGAACUGCCAAGAGCCGCGAGUGCAUCCGUUUCCGGUGCUGCGGGCAUUGUCUGCUCUAAUACGGAUCUGAUAUCGAUCCUAAGCUCGUUAGCGUCUUCCGCGACGGAAAUCAACCGAUGCGGCGAGGAAGCGCCGAGUUCGCGGGACGAUAGCAAAUCAAACUGGCCCGGAAAAACGACCGAACAGAAAGGAAGUCGAUGGAAGAGCUUCCGUUCCAACAGCUUCGACGUGUCGACAUUGCACGGAGCUAAAAGUAAGCUUAGCGGAUCCUCGAAAGCCGCUAUUUCGACCUUUAUGGCACCGUCGAAUUGGUUCACGAAGAGACACCAGCCGAUGUCGAAGAAGCCGGAAGAUUUAGGAACGGCCAGUUUAAGUCUUAGGUUCGAUAAAUCGAAGGUAGUGAAGGCGGUGAAGAAAACGUUGGGUAAAAAGUCCCCUAAUAGCGAGGUCGAACACAAAGUCGUAUGGGACAACACUAGUGGAACCAAAGUGGACGUUCAGGUAAUUGUAUUUCUCGUUACGAUAUCGUUUCUUGUUUAAGAGCCAUCGUAGGUGAAAGGAGGAAUGAAAAAGAAAAUC